AUGGCAAGCGCUCUUGAGGAACUUCGAAGAGCCAUUAGCUCUGGGCAACCAGUGGAUAUUGAUGACACCUCCGUGCGCAUUGGCGCAGACAUCCGCCAUGACCGCUCUUCCGCGACUGAUUUCCAUUCCAUGCGUGGCCGAGGUGAUGCUUAUCUCCUCGAAGCUAUCUUCUUCCAGUACAAAUAUCGCGAUUUGCCGUACAACGAUUAUGUUGAGGCCUGUCGCAAAGAAGGGGUUGCUCAUAUGACGCCCUUGGACAAGAAGGAUUUACUCGCCUACUUGAAGGGAGAAAUACCAACCUGCGCAAGUAUUGUUUCGAAGCCCUCAAAUGCGUCUGCAAAGUUGAAAGCUGAAAAGCAAACCACUGCUGCACAUCUUUCUUCGACUGACCCCAGCAAAUCGCGCGACGAUCACGACAGUCACAAAGAAACUUCGGAGACCGAUAAGGACGCCUCUUUCUAUGCGUCUCAACGCAAACGACAUAGAGACCAGAGAGCACUGGAUUCAGUUCUCAUGGUAGCGGAAUGGGACUUUUCCACAUUGCGCGAGAAGCUCUCGCAACACGUUUCGAAGGCGAAGAGCGGCAAGGCGAACGGGCGAGCGAAUGGCUCAAAACCGUCAACUACAUAUGAUCCAAGGGGAGAUCGAUAUACGAGCAAUGAAGACCGCUUCUGGAGGGAGAACCUGGGUUCUGAAUUUCACGAGCUUGGAAUUGACAUGAGCGGGUCUUUCAAGGCGAAACCGUCGAAUGCAUCCAACGGUCCGCCUUUGGAAAAGAAACGCGAAAAGCCUGACUCCCGCCGCACCUCGUCUUCAGGAACGCCGAGUACAAAGCGACAACGCAUUGACCCCAAAGAACUCGUCCCGAUCAUCAUCGUCCCGCAAAGCACGACAUUGAUCUGUGCGGGCAAUAUUGCUGAGUUUUUGCAGCACGGACGGUUUUUGUCCGCCGAGGAACUCAAGAGGAACAAAAUCAGCUCUAUUGGUGCUAGCCGGUUGGAUGUGUAUCGUACACCUGGUGGAAAUUGCUCCCGUGCCAAAUACGACAUCGUCGCAAAUACCAGUCGUUUAGUGGCUAGCGAGUGGGAGCGUGUCGUGGCUGUUGUGUGCUCUGGUCAAGAAUGGCAAUUUAAGAGGUGGGAAAUCUACAAAGGUGGCGUACAGAAGCUCUUUAGAAAGGUACAAGGAUUCUAUUUUCACUACGAUGACGAUGCACCGACCGGAAACGUCGAUUCUUGGGCGAUCAAGACUGUGAAGUUAUCUCGAAGUCAACGCCACACCGAUGGUCAGGCUCAGUUUCAGUUUUGGAACACCUUAGAUGCGUUCAUGCGUAGAAAGGGUAAGGAGCUGCGAUACUAGGUUAAUCGUGCGUGUUUUGUAAAUGAACUGCAAAUACAAGUCUAAAAGGCUUGCAUCACUCUAG